CAUUACCAUCAUCCGAGUCUUCUCUUCCAUUAUAUUGUUCUAGUGCUCCACUGAGCAGUCUUCUAGUAAUCUAUUCUUAAACUCUUGAACAAUCUACUUUCGUAUAAAUUCUUCUUUUUCUUCUUCGGAUAUAUUUUAAAUUAAAGAGAAUGGAUAGACGUAGACGAAAACAACCAAAGGCUACUGCAAACUAUGAAUCCGAAGAGGUGAGUAGUAUCGAAUGGGAAGUCGUUACCAUGAGCGAACAAGAAGAAGAUCUUAUCUAUCGUAUGCAUAAACUCGUUGGCGACAGGUGGGAACUAAUUGCGGGUAGAAUACCGGGACGAACACCGCAAGAAAUAGAGAGGUUUUGGAUAAUGAAACAUACUGAAGGAUUCGCAGCACCAACAACAUCCGGAAGAAGAAAUAAAGGGAGUGGUAGUAGCGGCAGCAAGAAAAAAUCAUCCAGAUGAUAAUAAACUUUAUGUCAGAUCAAACAUUUUCUAGUGUACUCGGCGGGGCUUGGAGAAAUAUUUUUGUGUUUUUUUUUCUUGACUCCAUUGUUCUUGAUGGAUCAUGAUGAACAUUACCUA